AUGCGAGCUCGAUGCCUGUCGUGUGGCUUCUCUCGCGCCAAGAACACGACCCGACAGAUUGAGCACCUUGCCCAAUGCCAAAGUUUCUUGGCCUCAAGUGAAGGUCAACAGGCUCUUGCAGCCGGCGAACUAGAGAUGACACCAAGUGGCGCCCGAAAUUAUGCACCUGGCAACGACAUCUGGAAAGGCGGCGCACCGAACCCCAACCUCAACACGGGUUCCGCACCACGGACUGUUACUGGCGGUAUGCACCCCAACGCGCGCAUGCCACCUCCGCCACAUCGUCCAGCACCCUCUCUUGCGAAUCACCUCGUCAACAAGUGGCCGGACAAGAUGGACAAGGCGACACAGCAACAGUUCCUUUCGCACGCUGGAUGUGGCACUCUGUCGGCGAGCGCACUUUCCCACUGGCUUGGUCAGAACAGCCACAUUUCGCGGGCAAUGGUCUCCUUCAUCGGUUCACUCAUUGGCAAAGUCCGCCUGCCAGAGACCAGCAACAGCAAAGUUGACACCCAGUACCGAGCACUUGAUCUUCUCAUUUCCACUGUUAGCAACCUCCGUAAAGAGAUUGAUUUCAUCGAGAGCACGAAACGCAAAUACGCCAUACAAUCUGACGGCGAGCCACCAUCCCCGAUCACGAAAGCAUACAUCGAUCUCUUGAUGAGUGCUGCCGACACACGCUCGACCCUGCUUGAAGGCAUGGUAGUCCUUUGGGCGACCGAGCACUGCUACUGUGUCUCCUGGCAAUACGCUUCAAACUUCGCAAACACCGUCCCUUCGUCGAAUUACUCCGUCCCCUCGUACCUUACACACUCGCAAACAGACCCCUUUGGCAACGGCCCUUCCUCAGUUCGUCCUUUCAACGGCUCCGACCAGCACAUUUCAGCGCUACAAGAAGCACUCAUCCCAAAUUGGACUUCCCGCGAAUUCAGUAAAUUUGUUGAAGCUUGUAGGGCCAUCGUCGACGAGCUUGCAAACGCUGAGACUACGGGUUCUGGGCGGGAACAACUCGUUAGAUGCGAGCUACAGUACCAACAAGUCGUCUACCUUUGGGAGCGAUUGUGGCCCGAGAUCAACGGCAUGGGCGAGGAGAAUGAGCUCGAUAGCAGUCCAGCGCACGACGACUCGCAGACAGCUGGUCAGCCCAACAGCAGCGCCUUGGCUGGCCCAUCUGGUACAAAUGGCAACACUGGUCACAUGGAGCAGAAACCCGUCGAGAUCCAAGACGACGACAACGAAGACAAUCAGGACGGCCCUAUGGGUCCCAACGGCAUCGAUUCUCCGUAUGGUGGCACUGGCCUGGGUGCAAUCGCUGCUGCCAACCAAGCUGGCUGA